CAAUUUAUAACAAAUAACUUAUAGUUUCUAAAAUAGUACUCAAACAGAAAAAAAAAAUAAAAUGGAAAGACACUUGAAGUCUAAAUUAGCUCCAAAAUUGGAAAGGAAAUAUGUGGAGAAAAAUAGAAGGAAUCAUAUGAAGAAUUUAUGUAAUCAGCUUCAUUCCAUGCUCCCUACUCAUUCAUCUACCUCUAAGGAAACAACAAUGACAGUGCCUGAUCAAAUAGAUGCAGCAGUGAAACACAUUGAAACCUUGAAAAUGAAUUUAGAGAAGAACAAGAAGCACUUGGAAGAAUUGAAAAUGGGCCCAAAUAAGGCCCAAUCACUCAAUCAAACUAAUGAGCCCGGCCCAAUCACAAAGUCACCACCUCAGAUUGAAUUCCAUGAAAUGGGCCCAAACAUGGUCGUGGUUUUAAUAAAUAGCCUUGAUAAUAUAGCCACUUUUAAUAACAUCAUUAGAUUGUGCCAUAAAGAAGGUGUUGAGGUUGUGUCUACAAGCUUUAAACUCAAUGGAAACUCUACACUACAAAUUUCUCAUGAACCUAAGGUACAAAUCAAUAAAAGUUCACCAAUGGAAUUUAAGGCUACAAGUCUUUGUGAUAAGAUGAAGGAGUUGAUUUAUGGACCAUCUUGCAACAAUGACAUUGAAUCAAACCAACAUCUAUGGGACUACAUUAUUGAAUCUGGACUUAUAGAAUUUAAUACAAUAGAGUUACCACCAAUAGAAAAUCAUAUGAAAAAUAUUUAUGAAACUCCAAGCUUUUUCUAAGUUACGAAAUAUCGAAAACCAGAUCAAACCGAGAAAAAUAUUUGAUAUGUUACGGUUUGAAUUGGUUUUUGUUUGAUAUUUUAAAGUUUUAUCGGUAUAUAUUAAUCUUUUUCAUUCUUAGUUUGUAAUCUAGGUUGUUAUUACCUUUAUAGAAAUCAAAUUCUUUGCCUUUUACUUUCUAA